ACUUCUUGCCACUUAGAGCAAAUCACUCAGUUGACAUGUGCUCCUGUGCACUCUGCUCAUCUAUAUUCAGUUAAUGCAGCUCCUGUAGACAAGAUAAUAAAGCAUACAGCAUGGGAGCAUCUUCCUCUGGAUUACUAGAUGAGGCCAAAAUCAACCACAUCAAAGGGCUCGUUGACAGCACCUUUCAGAGCUUCAGUGGGAUUUACAGGCAGCAGUACUCUGUAUCCUACCUUGGACACAUCCACCAGGAGGUGGAGCCUAAAAAGGAGGGGAGAGGCUUUUUGCUCACACAAAGGCCAAAAACUGAUGGAGAUGAGGUGCUGUACCAGGGAGGUGUUAAAUUCUCCUGCUGGGAUGAGCAGGGAAAGAAAUGUAGAGAGAGAUAUGCUGUCCUAAAGAGAGACUAUAAAGUGGAAAUACAUGAUAGCAUGGAGACUUUUAGUCGUGGAUCUGCUCCUAAACUGGUCCUGCAGCCAGCAGGAGGAGUUGUGUUCACCACUGAGGAGGAGUCGAGAGAAUACCUGGAGAAAGCCUGUGCUGGUUUACUCAACGGAGUGAAAGAGGGUUCUUCUUCUUCAGCUGCAUCAUCUUCAGAUGUGUUUGCUGUAUAUCUCCAUCUACCUUACGCAGGUCACACCUGCUUCCUGUUUCAACAAGAAGAUGAGAGAAAUCACUUCCUCUCUGGCCUCAAGGCCUGUAUUAGACACCGAAACCUUGACCCCUGGCAUGAGUUGUCCCACGAGAGUCAGGCCUAUGCCCGAGCCCUCCGUCUUUACCGACAGGAGAAAGGAUGCUACGAAUCAUGGGAGAAGCUGCUGGGCACCGAGGAACAGGUGCUGGCCCGCCUGGUGAUGGAGGAUAUGUUGUCAUGGCUACAAAACCAACUUCAGCCUAAGAUGAAGGGCAAGAAGGCUGAACGGAUCCGACAAUGGCAGGCAACAGUUCAAGGGACCUACACCCUGGUGCUGGAACAGCUGACUGCAGGUUUGGAGGCUCUGAGGGAGGAGUGUCGCCAAACAGCAUCAGCCAGUCAGGCCCUCAUCAGGUCCCACCUGGACCAGAUAAUGUCCUCUCAUGUCUUCCUGGAGCAGAAAGUCAGAGCAUGCAUAUCUGAAGAGAUAGAGAAAGUGUGCAGUGAGUCAGUGGUGCCCUACUUGUCCUCCAUCCUUGAAGCGCUUAACGAACACAUCGGUGCAGGAAUUCUUGGGAUGCAGAACACACUGCAAACCCAAAUGAACUCUGCAUUUUCACUCACAAAUGGAAAGGCGGAAGACACCAAAAAGGCCUUGAUUGCUCUGCGCUCUAUCAGUCUGGAUGAGAGCUACAGAAAGGUGGAGAACCUGAGCAGCAAACUGGAAAACCUAAAAGAGAGGUUUGGAGUGAGCAGUGUCGAAAGGCUUGUUCAGUCUGCAAAUCUGAAGAUGGAGCAGCUACUGGACAGCGCUGUUUACACUUUGGAGCAGAUCUUCCAGUCAUCAACACGAUCAGAACCAUCUCAGCUUCCUGCCAAGAUGCCGAGAGCUAAAGAAAGAGUGUUAAAGCAGCUGGAUUACGACAGCAGGGUGCUUCAGAGGAGGCUGUAUCAGGAAGCUCUGCUGGAGAUCACGCUGCCUUCUCUCGUCAGUCGGAUGGACAGCAAAUACAAAACGGAGCUGGAGCAGUUUGAGCAGUACAUUUUCUCGGACUACAGCAGUUUUAUUCUGGUUCACAAUGUCUAUGACGACGUUCUGAGAAACAUCCUGGUUAGAGAGAUCACAACAGUGGUCCAGGAUGCUGCCAGUAAGAAGAGCAACAAUCUCCUGUUGGACACGUCAGAUUUAGCCAUAAGCCAGUACAGUCUAGCAGGGCAGACACCUCCUAUCUCUGCCCCUGACAGCCCAUCGGUUCAGCCUCGACACCCAGAGGAAAGUACAAAUGAUGAAUCUGCAUCUGUGAAGGAAGAUCAGAGCAAAACAUCAGAAGUUUGUCUUGAGGGGGAUGUAGAACUAAAGGCUGAGGCCAUGCCUGAACUCAGUCCAGCUCAGGCCCUUAAUCCGAGCAUUUUGCUUCAGUCUCCUGUGAUUGUCGUGACACAACAGUUUGAUGAACAUGAAAACAAAGAGACUCAGGGCUCGGCGGAAACUGGGAAAGAGGAUAAAAGUGAAAGCGAGGCAGCAGGAGAGAAAGUAGAAGUUGAAUCUUCCAACACAGAUGGAGCUUCUACUCAAGAAGCUGCUGAGACCGACUCUGGCUCUGCUAUCCAGCACGCUCCUGAUCCUGUUUCUUGUGUCCCGAUUCAAACAGAAGAUGCCCAAACUGAAUCUACUCCAAGUGAAUCUGUAUCAAGUGAAAAUCAAAUCUCAGCUGACCUCCUGACCUCAGAGGACACCUGCUCCGUCCAGCUCCCAUCACCACCGCAGUCCCCCUGCUCGGACAGUACAAUGAAAAUCAGUCUAGGGUCUCUAAGCGAAGCUAUAGCUCCAUGCAGCACGGAGCCUGUGGUAAAGCAGCCUACUGACAGGGCAGUCUACUUGACGGGCCCAAUCAAGGACAACUGGGAGGUUGAGAGAAUGAAAGAGGAGAAACAGAGAGAAGCAUCAGAGAAUGAGAAAAGUAAGGCCAGAGACGAGGAGCAAAAUGGAGGACAAGAAGAUGGUGCAGCCCAAACAGGAGGCGAUUCUAUCGGUGAACCAUGUGCAUCAUCGGCAUUAGCAGUAGAGAGCGCCACGGUCUCAACGCCUAAGCUGACGGGGAUUGAAGGAGGUCUGAAUGAUGACCAAACGAAAGGUCAGAUUCCAACAGAGGCUAAGGCAGAGGGAGGAGAACAUGCAGAAGAAAAGGAAAACAAUGAUCAGGAGAAGGAAGAUCAAACUUUUCAGCCAAUGGAAUCACUUCCAGAGUUGGAAUCUGACCCUCAGUUGGACAGCGUGUCCAUCAUCAGAGACCUGGUGACCGAGAUCAUUGAAGUGGAGAUAAUGAUCAGCCCCUCUGAAAGCAUCAGCAACGAUGCCCCGACAUAAACACCACGUCCACAGAGAGAGAAUCACAGACAAAUCAACUAGUAAAGGUUUACAACAAUACACUUAUUUGUAAAUGACACAGAAAUCUGAGAGGCAAAAUAGGUCCAGUUUUAUUUAAUCAAUGGGCAUUCAAUUAGAUUUUGAUAAAAACACUUUUUAAUUUAAUUUUGUUGACAUGAGCUGUUUUAUUUUUUAUUUUUAUAUGUAAUCAAGUUGCCAAAUAAACAUGUU